AUGGAGGAAACUGUUUCUACUGUUGCUACCUCUACAUCUCGUGUUCUUCAUGUUCGUAAUUUACCUACUGAAGUAUUAGAGAAGGAAAUAUGGAUGUUAGCUUCUCCCUUUGGAAUGCCAGGAGCAACCUCAAUGGGUGGAGCUAGUCCAGGUUAUGGUGGUUCUUCUCCUCAAUCUAUCAGUAUGAUUGGGAUAGGAGCUAUGCAACAGGGUCAACCUAACUCCAUUUUAAGAGUUAUUAUUGAAAACAUGUUAUAUCCUAUUACCAUUGAUGUCCUUCAUCAAAUAUUUGCCAAAUAUGGUGAUGUUCUAAAAAUAGUAACAUUCAUGAAAAAUGGUCAGUUUCAUGCACUCAUUCAAUAUCCCAAUGAAAUAAUUGCUGCUAAUGCUAAAACUGCACUUGAUGGUCAAAAUAUCUAUAAUGGUUGUUGUACAUUACACAUUGAUUACUCUAAAUUGUCUAAUCUUACUGUCAAAUAUAACAAUGAGAAGACUAGAGACUUUACUCGUCCUGAUCUACCAGCUGGAGAUCAAGAGACUGUGUCACUCCCUGACCUCUCAGCAUAUGCAUUCUCUCAACUUCGUGCUGCUCUUAUUGCUCUGGGUACUCAAGGAGGAGGAGGGGGUGGUGCUCAAGGAGGUGGUGCUCCCUCUACUACAGUUGUUCUAGCCUCUAAUCUCAAUGAUAAGAUGAUUUCUCCUCAUGCUCUCUUUAUUCUCUUUGGUGUAUAUGGUGAUGUAAUGCGUGUGAAGAUAUUGUAUAGUAAAAGAGACUCCGCCCUUAUUCAAUUUCGCGAACCUCAACAAGCUCAGAACUCUGUUACUCAUCUUAAUGGUAGCAUGUUAUAUGGUAAGAAAAUCCAUGUGACACUCUCUAAACAUACUCAAGUCCAGAUGCCUCAACCAGGAAGUAAUGAGGAUGGACUAACUGAAGACUUUUCUAACUCUCCUCUUCAUCGUUUCAAGAAGCCAGGGUCUAAGAAUUAUCAGAAUAUUUAUCCUCCAAGUGCUACACUCCAUCUCUCUAAUAUUCCUGAUGGUAUUACUGAGGAAUAUCUUCGCAGUCUAUUUACAUCUACUGGUGGUAAUGUAGUCAAUUUCCGUUUCUUUCAAAAUGAUCUACGUAUGGCUCUAGUUCAGAUGUCUUCAGUAGAGGAAGCUAUCAAUGCUCUCAUUGUCACUCAUAAUCAUAAAAUCAGUGAAACCAAUCAUCUCCGAGUUACCUUCUCAAAGAACACUCUCUAA